CGGUCACGGGGAAAUCCGCAGUUUCGCGGUGGAGGGCGUUUCUUUUCCGCGCUUCAUUCUCCAGAAAAUCGAUUUCCCCUCUGUAUUGGAUCAAUUGGGUUGCGAUUUAUCUAUUCAGAAUGUCCAGUAUGCGCCCAACCCUCCUGUUACUUCAUCCGCAAUUAAGCACGUUACCCCGGGCUGUGCGGAGAGAUCUCAGCAGCCGACUGUUUGCCCGCUUAAAGACGACGACGAAUUCUCCUGCUCCAAAGACCCCUCGAACACCAAAGGAAGAAGCUCCGCUGUUGAAGACGAAAGAUGGCUCCCCAGCUGGCCUGCGUACUCCGGCAACAUCCCCGGCCGCACAUGCAAAAUCCGCUAUCCGACGAGGACCACCGGAGCGCAUUCUAAUCUACCAUGGAGGAACGGGACGGACACUUUUCCUGGGAAUGCUACGACUCACCACGAUCUUCCUCUUCGGCGCAUCCUGUCUCCUCGUUGCGCCGGCCUUUGCCGCUGAUGAAUACCCGUGGUACCUAGCUCCUGCUGUGGUCGUCGGAGGCACAAUCCCCAUGCUCUUCGUCGCCUACACCUCCGCCCCAUUCGUCAACUUCGUCCACCUAGCCCUCCCCGUCUUCGCCCGUCGCUCGCGCGAACAAGCAAUCCAAUACGCAAGAAACCUCCCCCCUACCGCUACCCUCUACAUCAACACCAUGAAAUUCACCACUAUCCCCCGCCAGACAGAAGUGCGAGUGGGCGAUCUCGUUGCGGACAAAGCGUUGCUACGGCCCGUGAGCUUUCGGAAUCAGAAACCUGCUCCGCUGCCCUGGUGGAAGGGAAGCACGUUAAAACAGUUCUGGGCGACGGAGGAGAGUCAGCCGGGGAGGCAGUCUACGACGUUUUAUCCGGAGCUGUGGGAGCAUGUAUACAAGCAGAUACAGAGCAAUGUGCCAAAGAAACGUUGAAUGAAUAUAAUGGAUCUCUUCGCUUCCUAGUAGCGCAUAGGAACACAUUCACAGUUUCAGUGCUGGUGAAUACAGGUCUACCCCAGUCUUUGUGUUUUAGCCUGGGGCUUCAUUCUUUUU